CAAUGUGUGCAGCCCUUAUAUUGUGAAAUAUACCAUUAUAAAAAGGCAACUGAGGGCUGAAAGAGAUAGACUCAAGGACCCUCACCAAGAAGAACAGCAGCAGUUCAGGUUUCAGAGUCAGACCAUUUGAAAGAUGCUUCUGUUUCUAGCAUUCAGUGCACUUCUUCUCGGAACAUCUCUGGCUAGCCCACAGCAACAGCAGAAACCAGAAUGUUGUCAUGAAGAACUGCAAAGCUUGGUCGUAAAACUAAAUGCUUUGUCGGAAGAGGUGAAGAAACUUAAUUCUGCUUUUUAUAAUGUCCACCGUGCCCGCUCCUUUGGAAGUGGCAGUGAAAAAUUAUUUGUGACCAACGGACAUGAAGACAACUUUGAUGCUGCAAACCAUACCUGCAUCCAAACAAGAGGCUAUGUACCUUCUCCUAAGAAUGAGGCUGAGAACAAUGCCCUGGUGAAAGUCGUGCAGAGGCACAACAAAUCGGCUUACCUUGGCCAUAUUCCUUCUGGAUACUCAAACUGGGCACCCGGAGAGCCAAGCAGUGCUAAAGGAGCUAAGACCUGUGUGAAGAUUGACAAUGAUGGCAAAUGGAGGGCCACAUCCUGUGAAGAACAGCUCUUGAUAACUUGUGAAUUUACUGUUGUUUAACUGAUCUAUGCUGAGCCUCACAGUAGCAUGGUGUAGCAGAGAGAUUGUUGGUCUUGGACCAGGAAUGCCUCGUUUUAAUCCCCAUUUUGUACCAAGGCUCACUGGAGGAUUCUCAUCCUAACCUAUCCCAGAGGGUUGUUGCGAGAAUAAAAUGAGACAGGAUUCUUGGGGGAAAGGUUAGAAAAAUAUGUGAUAAAUAAACUCAUCAUUUGAGCUUC